UGUGGAGUUACUUGAUAUGAAAUCUUCGACAAUUAGCGAUCUUCUUCGUUUUAUUUAUACUGGUGGAACAAGAAUUGACUCUUCCAACGCAAAAGAUCUAGUGAUGACCGCAGACUAUUUGAUCAUUCCAAGGUUAAAAACGAGAGCAAUCCUUUUCCUCGAAGGAACAUUGAAUGCUUCUAAUUGCCUGGCUUACGAGUCGUUUGCUUCUCGGUACAACUGUGAAUCACUCAAAAAAGCUGCAGUUGCCUACAAGAUGGAACAUUUCGUAGAUGUCGCGAGAUCCGAAGAUUUCAGAUUGCUUGAUGUGGAGAAAGUUAAAGAACUGAUUUGCAUGGAUGAGAUAAACGUGGCUGAGGAAGAACCGGUUUAUGAAGCAGUAAUGGCUUGGGUGAAACAUGAUCUGUCAUCCAGGGAAACUUUACUUAAGGAUCUUUUGAAAUUUGUCAGACUGUCUUCAAUAUCCAAAUACAGAUUGCGAAAGAUUUUGGACGAGGAGUUAAUCAGUAAGGACCCAAUUUGCAUGAAAGAAGUGAUAACUGCACUAGAUUUGUCUCUAUUUCCAGAAUAUUUCCAAGACACAACUCUUAAUCCUCGCCUUUGUUUAGCAAAAUAUGAACAAGUUGUGAUCCUCACUGGUGGAGAGGAUACAAACGGCCCCAAUGAUUACAGUCAGUGUUUUGUACUUUCUUGCUCAAAAUGGUUAUCUCUCCCUGUAAUGCCUCCAUGUUCUCCUCGGAGUGCUGCCGUGUGUGGUGGACAAUUGUACGCGAUGGGUGAAAAGAAAAAAACCUCAGUAUGUUGUUUUAAUCCAAACCAAUUUAAGUGGAGCACUCUUGACCUGAAAAUGGAUAGAAGAGGCUCUACAGUUACAUCUUUUAAUGAAGAGCUGUAUGUAAUAGGUGGAGAGGGUUCAUGGCGUGAUGUUCAAAUCUAUGAUCCAGUUUUCAAUAAAUGGAGACAAGGAGGAUCAAUGAAAACUUCUCGUGCUGGACACAGUGCAGUUGUACUACAAGAACAUAUUUAUGUCAUUGCUGGUCACAAUGGUGAGGUUUGUCAGAGCAGUGCUGAUUGUUACAAUCCAGUAACUGACCUAUGGACUGAGAUCUCAGGUAUGUCUAAAGCGCGAAGGUAUGCUGCUGCUGUGGCAGUUGGAAGAAACCUUUUUGUCGUAGGAGGAUUUGGUGACAUGACAAGAUUAACCAUAGAACCUUCUUGUGAAAUAUUUGACCCAGGAGCUAUUCAGUGGAGCCUGGUGCCCAGUCUUAGUAUUCCUCGUGCUGCAAGUGGUAUUGUGAGUACUGGAGACAAAGUUUAUUUGUUUGGAGGAGAGGAUGAUAGUCAUUACCAGAGCCAAGUGAUGUGUUGUGAAAUGGGAGAAAAAAAAUGGUAUGAGAUAUCACUUAUACCGAAUGGAGGGUACUCAUUUCUGCAAGCAUCAUUGCUCAAAGUGCCAAAGGAGGUUAUCUUAUCUAAUUCUGAAAAAGAUGGAGAACUGUGAACACUUUGAUAGUCAUGUGUUCAGUGACUAAUCAUAAUAAAGGUUAGGAAAUGUAAGAAAACCUAAAAACCAUAAACUUAUCAACCAAGAACGUUAAGAUUUAUGACAUAUGAUAGGUUUCUUCCUUGAAACGCAGUAUAACUCCAUGAAUAGUUCUGGUGUUCACAAUUUUCUGAGUUUCACUGUAAUUCCUAGUCACCAAGGGUAUCUCUCCUCUCAAGUAUGGGGCAGUUGCUGAGGUUUUGUAGCCAACUAUAUGUGAAAAAGAAAGAAACUGUUAACUUGUCUUUUAAAAAAAUUUAAAAAAAAACUUACUGCUGAUAAAAUGACUUUACUCAAGAAUUACACUGAGCAUUAAAGUUGUACAAAUCUGAUACUGUGGGGCUGCUUUAUUCUACUAAAAUAAUUUAAAAUUAACAUACCAUACUUAUGUGACAAUCAAUGUUUUUGUUAGCAUAAUUUAGCAUAAUUAAUAAGUUGGCAUAAUUGUAUUUUUGCUAGAGAGAUGUGUAAAAAUAGGCACCAGUAAGACGUCUUUUCUAGGAGGGUUUUAUGCUAACAUCUUACUGGGGUUUGGAGAUGUUGGAUUAUUUUUGUAUGUUAUGCAAUCUUCUGGACAAGAAAAGAGUAACAUCAAACCCUAGCUCUCUCUGACAAAGCUCCUCUACCAAGCCACUUUUGGCAACCUAACUUAGGCUGUGUCUAUUCUCGCAAACUCUCACUCCUUGUUUCCAUAAAGAAAGACUGCUGAUUUUCUAACACCAUUUCAGCAGAUAUAUGGAGCUUCAAUCUGUGUAGAAUUUUAACAAUAUGAAUCAGGUUAAAACUCACAAGGUGUGAGGUAAUCAUAAAUGAAAGCAACCAUUGCCAAAUGUUAAACAGCACUAUGUGAUCUAACUUUCCAUGAAUCAUGCAACUGUUCUAUCAGGUUAAGGAUUGUUUCUUGCUUCAAAAGUCUUGCUAUGACAUUUAAGUUUCACUUGUCUUGUGUUGAACCAAUUGAGUAUCUAUUAAACUGCUUUAUAUUGUUCAUAAUGGUAUCUUUCUAGAAUUUCUUCUAUCUUUAUAGCUACAGUGAAAAGCAAUUUUGGUCCAAGUCUUCUCAGUACAAGAAGUUCAAAUCCUGUGCUAGCUGCAUACAAAAACUAUCAGCUGCCAUUCCUGACAUAGAGUUUAUCAUUAAUGGCAAUGGGUGUUGCCCUAAUUUGAAGUUUCUGUCUUAGGUAAUUACAACCUGCAGUUGAGACUUAUUCAUUAUCUUUUCCUCUCUAUGGUGGCAAGAGAUAAAGGAAAAUUGGGAGUUGAUAGUUGCAUGGGAGAGAUGUCACAAGACAAAAACUACAAUUUUUUUUACAAUUGGAGAGGUCAAAUGAUGUGGAGUAUGAAGUCAUGCUGUCACGCUUUUCAGUCUGGCAUUCAUGUAAUACAUGUUUCAAAGGGUAUUGUUUGGCCACAUGGCCCAGUUUACAUAUAUUGUGGGUAAAUAAAUCUCUUUAGAGUUUUCUUCAUGUCUCACUCAUUUGUCACUUUGGACACAGAACAACACCAUACACUACAAAUGAUAAUUUUCCAUUUUUUUAAAUUGUAUGUCUACACCAUGUGUUUGCAACUGAUUUCAAUUCUCAUCACUGGAAUAAUACAUUUUCAUAAACCAUGGAUCUGCUCAUUUCACCACUCAUUAGAGGCAUUUCCAGGGAAUUAAUAAUGUAUUUCUGGGAAUAUCUUUCACCAAGCCAUCUGUUUCUAAAGCUUAAAGAUUUUUAGUGUGAGUCGUGUUAUUCCUCAGCUUUCUUGCAGGCUUUAUACUAUGUGCAUGACAAGCACUUCUGCUAAAUGUCCUCUUUGUUUUUACAUGCCCUAAACCUUUUUUUUAUAAUCUUAUGCAUGUUUAUGGAAUAAUCAGGCUGAUCUCAUGACCUAUCCACCAGUCAAUAAAGUUAGUCUCAAGACACUCUACCACCUUUUGUUAAGUGCUUCAAAUGAAUCCCCAAUAGAGUCAAACCUAUGACCUUCCAAUCAACAUUUCUGGCACUCUACCACUGAGCAAUGAGAGACUCAUUUGCAAGAGGUUUUAGAAAGUGGUACACAUCUUUAGUACUGAUGGGAGGUUGUGGGUUUGACUCCUAGUGGGAGCACUUGAAGUUCAUUUUCUUCAAGUAUACUGCUCUCAUUCACUAAUAUCAUCUUUCACCAGGCUUAUAACUCACCAUCUUCAUUUGCAGUAUUAUUGCGCACCAGCUUCAUGGUUAUUUCCAAGCUCGAUCCCAGGAUCCUCAUUCUUCCUUCCUUUCUCGAGGGAGUAAGAGAGAGGACCGUGGGAACGAGGUUGAAACACACUCAAUGAGCCAGUGAGUGUGCCAUGCGUUGGAAAAUUGUCACCAUACUAUACUUUGUUUCCUCAUACAUGACAUAUCUACUACCGUUGUGCUUGUGCAUAGCCCAGAUGUAGCCGUACCCUCCCCCGCCAAGUUGAAACGGAAGCGAGGGAAAUUCUACAAAAACUUGACACCAAUCGUGUUUUAUGAAGUCAAUCUUUUGCAAGAAAAUAUAUAAUGGCUUUUAAUUGGUUAACCCUCCCUUCCGUUUCACCUUACGGGGGAGGGUACGGCUACACUUAGGCUACCUUUGCACUUUGUGAUUUGAUUAACAUGGCAACUUUCGCGUCGAAAGAAGCUGAGGAUAGAACUUUCGAUGGUUAUAAAGAUGAGUUGCUCCACAAACUCAAUGAGCUCAGAGAAACAAAUACUCUUUGUGAUGCGACCAUUCGAGUUCAAGGCCAGGAUUUUCCGGCCCAUAGAUGUGUUCUUUCUGCGGCAAGCUCUUACUUCCGAGGUAUGUUUACUAGUCCUCUGAGAGAAAGAAAAAGCGGUCUUGUUGAGUUACGGGAGAUCAAAUCAUCCACAUUCGGCGAUGUUCUUUGGUUUAUUUACACUGGUGAGGAGGUUAGCACUACCUUUGCUAACGCGCAAGACUUAGUGAUGGCCGCCGACUAUUUGAUCAUGCCAAGUUUGAAAGCGAAAGCUGCUUUUUUCCUCGAAAGCACAUUAAAUGCCACCAAUUGCAUGGCCUUAGAAUCAUUUGCUUCUCGGUAUAACUGUGAAACGCUAAAGCAAGCGGCAGUUACCUACAAAGUCAAACAUUUUGUAAGGGUGACGCAAUCGGAAGACUUUAGAAAGCUGAAUUUAGAGAAAGUUAAGGAACUGAUUUGCAUGGACGAGAUAAACGUGGCAGAAGAAGAGGAAGUGUAUGAAGCAGUGAUGGCCUGGUUGAAACAUGAUCUACCAUCCAGGGAAUGUUUACUCCUGGAACUGUUGCAGUGUGUAAGAUGGUUUUCAAUGUCCAAGUACACCAUGCGAAAGAUCCUCCAUGAAGAGUUGAUCAGGAAGAACCUAACUUGUACAAGGUUAGUUGUCGAUGCUUUGGAUCUUGUUGUAUUCCCAGCUUGUUCUCAAGAUACUUCACAAAGAUCUCGCUUGUCUUUAAGUGGUUAUGAAAAUGUAGUGAUCCUCACUGGUUCAGAAGAUGAUUUCCCAGAGGAAACUUGUGACUGCUUUGUGCCUGCUUCUAACACCUGGGUAUCCUUACCCAAUAUACCUAUACCACGUGUUCAUCAUGGUGCUGCAGUUUGUGGCGGAGUGUUAUACGUGAUGGGUGGAAGCGAAUCAACUCCGGUGUGUUGCUUUAACCCAAAAGAAAAUGAGUGGAGCACACUUGACACCACGUUGCGCAGAAAAGGCUGUACAGUUACAUCGCUUAAUGAGGAGCUUUAUGUAAUUGGUGGAGAGUAUUCAUGGCGAGAUGUUGAAAUAUUCAAUCCAGUUCUUAACAAGUGGAGAAAAGGAGAAUCAAUGGAAACUUCUCGUGCCGGACACUGUGCAGUUGCACUACAAGAACAUAUUUAUGUCAUUGCUGGUCACAAUGGUGUGAAUUGUCUAAACAGCGCAGAGUGUUACAAUCCAUCAACUGACCAAUGGACUGAGAUCGCAAGCAUGUCUAAUGUCCGAAGGUCAGCUGCUGCUGUGGCAGUUGGCACAAAAGUGUUUGUGUUUGGAGGGUAUGCUGACAAUGUAUUGGGGGUUAUAGAACCCUCAUGUGAAAUAUUUGACUCAAGCACAAGUCAAUGGAGCCUGAUACCAAGUCUCAGACUUCCUCGAGCAGGAAGUGGUAUUGUGAGUAUCGGAGACACUGUGUAUGUGUUUGGAGGAGAGGGUGUUGUUGUUGACGAUGAAGAAGUAUACCUGAAAGAAGACCUAGGUGAUGUGCAGUGCUUUGACAUAGGAACAAAUAGAUGGCAUAGGAUAUCGUUUAUACCAUGUGGGGAAUGCUCAUAUGUGCAAGCAUCAUUGCUUAAGGUGCCAAAAAGUUUAUUAAUCACUAGUGACUGA